AUGGCUGUAGCCGGCAUUGUUGAAGUGAAGAGAAAAAACCAAGUCCACAAGGACAUAACAAAGCCCAUAAGUCUCUUUUGGCUUUCUUUCCAAUAUGCUAUCUUUGGAAUUGCUGACAUGUUCACUCUAGUUGGACUGCUAGAGUUUUUCUACAAGGAAGCACCAGCAGGCAUGAAAUCUCUCUCCACUUCAUUCACAUGGCUGUCACUUGCAUUUGGUUAUUUCUUGAGCUCCAUCUUUGUUGAUGUCAUAAAUGCUGUGACCAAAAGAAUUGCUCCAAGCAAACAAGGAUGGCUGCAUGGAAUUGACAUCAACAAAAACAAUGUGCACCUAUUUUACUGGUUCUUGGCCAUCCUUAGCUGCAUCAACUUUGCAAACUAUCUUUACUGGGCUUCAUGGUACAAGUACAAAACAGAUGAACCUGCUUCUAAGAUUCAGCUGAAGCCUUUGAACCAGAUCCCUCUUAUCAAUGGUGGCCCAAGUACUCAAGACAGUGUAAUAAAGACUAAAGAAGAAAAGGUAACAGCUUUAUGA